AUGACUUGUUCAAUUUUGAUGUUUGAUUUAAGAUUUUUCUUGAUGUUGGAAAGGCUAAGAUUCCGCAAAUCUGUUUUUGCCACACUCAAUGUUCAGCAUGGAUAA